AUGGCAGCUCCAGCUGAUGUUCUCACCCUGGGCAGGCAGGAGAUGUGUCCCUUUGGGGUGCAGGUCUCCAUCAUCGAACCUGGAGGCUUCCGGACGGGGAUCAUGGACCCUGUGCCGUUGGUGAAAUGCUUCACUCGCCUCUGGGAGCAGCUCCCGGCAGACACCCAGGCAGACUAUGGCCGCCAUUACCUGGACAGCUACACCAAGAGCAUCGUCCUGCUGCACCGCCUGACCAGCUCCCGCCUGUCCCGGGUCACCGAUGCCAUGACGCACGCGCUGCUCUCGCGCUGCCCACGCAGCCGCUAUGCCGUGGGCUGGGACGCUCGUCUCGUCUUCCUGCCGCUCAGCUACUGCCCGACCUGGCUCUCAGACACCAUCUUUGGCCUCUUUCAGCCCAGGCCAGCCAGCAGGAUCCCCACACGUCCCUGA